AUGACGACUAAACCCAUGAAGCUUUACGGUCGGUAUACACCAUUGUCCACUAGUGAAAUUCGCCUUGUUCGACUUAGCACCGACCUCACCCACAUCAUAGCUGGACAACUUGAAGUGGCAAAAUUGGAUGAUGCACCUCCGUACUAUGCAAUAAGUCAUGCUUGGACCCAGGAUCAAAGUCCGGCAGUAGUACAAGAUGGGGACGGAUUUAGCUUGAGCAAGAGCCUCUCAACAUGUCUUAAACGACUCCAGCAGCUCAGUCACCAAAACAAUCCUUUUAGCCCCCCACUUCGGCAUAUUUGGAUUGACAACAUUUGUAUCAACCAGACAGAUACGGUUGAAAAAUCAUCUCAAGUAGCCAUGAUGAAGAGGAUCUAUAGCCAGUCGCUAAGAACAAUAAUUUGGCUGGGUGAACCGGAGUCUGCGCUAAGUGCUGGCGCAUGGCAGCUCAUUUCCAAGAUCUAUAAUGUCUUCAGACAGGAAAACCCAGAAGCAAAGGUCAUAGCCGACAUACCUCUCCGGAUCUACAAUCAGGAACGUCAUCUCGAUCUGGGUUUGCCACCAUUGGACGAUCUCCGUUGGAGAUACCUUAAGCGCCUCAUGAGUUUAAGGUGGUUCUCUAGAAUCUGGGUUAUCCAAGAGGUCGUUUUAUCGAGCCAAGACCCGCUUGUUCUACAUGGCAAGCAAAUCCAUGCGUGGGAGCCUCUAGGUUGGGCGGCUGCUUGGUUACGGAGAUCUGGGUAUAUGCGUCUUCCUCAAUUACCGGAAGAGUUGCGGAAUGUGGACACUAUUUCCAACCUUCGAAGGGUGACAACGUCCUGGCCUCUGGCUGCUUUGAUAUCGAUUACACAAAUAAAGUUCCAAGCAACCGAUCAAAGAGACAAGAUAUAUGGGCUUCUAGGAUUGGCAGCGGAGUGCCAUGGUACGAUGGGACUCCCGGAAGAGCUAAAGGCUGACUAUAGCCUGGAAGUGACCGACCUGUACCAAAGGGUAGCACGCUUCUUGAUGGAACAGAGCCAAUCACUUGCAAUGUUGACUCGCGCAAAGGGCCUCCCAGGCACGGAAACAAGAGAGAACCGUCAACAUGAUUUGGCGUUACCUUCUUGGUGCCCAGAUUGGAGUGACUUUCACAGUUACAAUCUCGGAAUCUCUACAAGUUUAUCCUGGAUUCACUACCCAAAGGGUGCGUCGCCUGCGGUUCUCGGUUUCCCGCACCAAUACAAGGCGUCAGGUGACUCGAAGUUGGAAUGGGCGAGCGGGGAGAAUUCGCCAGAGGACAAAUCAAUAUUGGAGAUUGAUGGCUUCAAGGCCGACCGGGUACACGGCGUCCACCGGCUGGACAUCAAUCGUCCCAAAGACGGCGAAGAAACAGAUGACCACGGAAGAAAGAUGGUCCCGGCCUUGGAACUCGCGAUGUCGCUUGUCAAACCUCACAGUAUACUGCCAUGGGCUAUAAGCUUCAUCCAAAGUACUACCGCAAACCAACAUCAACUGAAUGGACAAGACGCUAGUCAGGGUUUCGCUGACGGUGCGGCUUGGCUAUACGAGUUCUUCGAGAAAUCAGAGAAUAUACCUCCAGCUGUGAAUAUGCAAAAGGAGAUGAUGGCCGAGCUUCAGAAGAACGCUAUCAAUGGCACAUCAGAGCGUUAUGAGGCUCUUGUUAGGAACUUCUGCUUUGAUCGUGCGUUCGUUACUACGUCGGGAGGGCGGACGGGAAUAGCUCCUUCGAACACAGAAGUAGGCGAUGCCAUACUGGUCCUACCUGGGGGAGGUGUGCCAUACAUAGCAAGACCUCUUGGUGGUUACUGGUCAUUUGUUGGGGAGUCGUUCAUUGACGGACUUAUGGAAGGUCAAGCGCUUCACCUCGAAAAAAGGGUUUUCAACUUUAGGUGA